UUCUUGUCAAGAAAGCCAAAGUCUUUUGUAGAACUAUAUAUCCCCUCUUAGGGUUUUUUGGGUUUGAGAGAUUUGGGAUCAAUCAAAAAAGGAAAGUAUGCAUCUUUACAAUGCUUGGCUCCCUCCACCUGUCGCCGACGACUCCAAGAAGGAGUCCGACUCCUUCUCCCGCGUCGUCUCCUCCGUCAAGGCCUCCUACCGCUCCGAUGACCCGGAUUCAGUCUACUCUACUCUCAAAUGGGUCUCCGUCAUUGACCUUUUUAUCAAGGCUAAGAGUGAAGUGAAUUUGGAGGAUGUGAGUGGACUCAUUGAGUUUGGGUUGGAGUUGUUUUGUGUAUCUGAAAACAAGCUUUAUGCUCAGGUUAGGUGGGGAAAUAUACUUGUGAAGUUGCUGAACAAGUUUCGGAAGAAGUUGUCGUUGAAGGUGAAGUGGCGCCCGAUGUAUGAUACUCUGAUUCAUACACAUUUCAGCAGGAACACAGGUCCUGAGGGCUGGAGAUUGAGACAACGGCAUUUUGAGGCUACUACUUCUCUUGUUCGGUCUUGCCGGAAGUUUUAUCCACCAGGAUCUGCUGUUGAGAUAUGGUCUGAGUUUAGAUAUUUGUUGGAAAAUCCAUGGCAUAAUUCAUCCUUUGAAGGAUCUGGGUUUGUCAGACUGUUUCUUCCUACAAAUUCGGACAACCAGGAAUUCUUUACGCAUGAUUGGAUCAAGGAGGUAAUGCACCUGUGGGACUCAAUACCGAACUGCCAGUUUUGGAACAGUCAAUGGACAGCUAUCAUAGCUCGUGUUGUAAAGAACUACAGAUUCAUUGAUUGGGAGAGUUACUUGCCUACACUUUUCACUAGAUACUUAAAUAUGUUUGAGGUUCCUGUUGCAAAUGGAAGCAGCUCUUAUCCGUUUUUGGUGGAUGUCCCGAGAAAUACACGGUUCUUGUUCUCCAAUAGAACAGUCACUCCAGCAAAGGGCAUUGCAAAGUCAAUAGUCUAUCUAUUAAAACCUGGUAGCUCGGUGCUGGAGCACUUUGAAAAAUUGGUCAACCUUUUAGAACAAUAUUACCAUCCUUCAAACGGCGGCCGAUGGACAUACUCAUUAGAGCGUUUUUUGCUCCAUUUGGUAGUUUCAUUCCAGAAGCGUUUACAGAAUGAACAAUUGAAAGUAGAUAAAGAUAGACAGGAUGAACAGUCUCUAGGAAGAUCAGAAAGGCAGUUCUUUGUUAAUGUGGUGCUGAAGUUAAUUGAUCGUGGUCAAUAUAGCAAGAAUGAACAUCUUUCUGAGACAGUAGCUGCUGCAACUUCAAUUUUAUCUUAUGUGGAGCCUUCUUUAAUCCUUCCUUUUGUUGCAUCUCGCUUCCAUAUGGCAUUGGAGACGACGACUGCCACCCACCAGUUGCAAGUUGCUGUGAUGUCGGUAGCAUUUGUUGGACGUUCACUAUUUCUUGAAUCCUUGUCAACAUCUACAGUAAAAUCAACUGAUCCUGGUAGUGAUGAAUCUGGUGAUAUGUUCAUUGAGCUACUGAUGGUUUCUUUAUCCAAUGCAUUACUUGGUAUGGAUGCCAACGAUCCUCCUAAAACCUUGGCUACCAUGCAAUUAAUCGGUUCUAUAUUUUCCAAUAUGUCUUCAUUGGAUGAUGAGUUGUCGGUCAUGCCAAUGAUUCGCUUCUCUGAAUGGUUGGAUGAGUUCUUCUGUCGUUUAUUUUCCUUACUGCUACACUUGGAACCAAGCAGUGUUACGAACGAAGGCUUGCACUCAUCAGCAUCAUCAGGAACUUUCCUGGUUGAGGAUGGUCCUUACUACUAUUGUAUGCUUGAAAUCUUGUUUGGACGACUCUCAAAACCUCUAUAUAAUCAGGCUUUGAAGAAGAUAUCCAAGUUUGUCAAGACAAAUAUUCUUCCAGGGGCAAUUGCAGAGGUCGGGCUGCUUUGUUGUGCAUGUGUUUACUCAAAUCCAGAAGAAGCAGUUACUCAACUGAUCGAGCCAAUUUUACUGUCUGUUAUAACCUCUUUAAAAGGAACACCAUCGACAGGAUUCGGAGGUAGAGGAAUAUAUGAUGCUUCAGUUUCAACCAAGGCUAAACCAACAAUUUCUCCAGCUCUUGAAACAGCCAUCGAUUAUCAAUUAAAAAUACUAUCAGUUGCCAUAAGUUAUGGAGGUCCUACUCUUCUGCGAUACAAGGAUCAAUUCAAAGAGGCUGUUGUUUCUGCUUUUGAAUCUCCAUCUUGGAAGGUCAAUGGAGCUGGUGAUCAUCUUCUUCGGUCUCUACUCGGAAGCUUGGUUCUUUAUUAUCCUCUUGAUCAGUACAAGUGUACUUUGCGUCAUCCUAAUGCUGCUGCAUUAGAGGAAUGGAUCAGCUCAAAAGAUUAUUCAGACGAUAAACCAUUGGUGGGCCCCAAAUGGCAUAUCCCUAGUGUUGAUGAAGUUAAAUUUGCAAAUGAACUUUUGGACCUUCAUCUCCGAUCAGCUUUGGAUGAUCUUCUGAGAAUAUGUCAAACAAAAGUACAUGCUGAUCCAGGAGAUGAGAAAGAGCACUUAAAAGUGACUCUUUUGCGUAUAGAUUCUGCACUGCAAGGUGUUUUGACUUGCUUGCCCGACUUCACCCCAUCAUCCAGGAAUGGAACUGUUGAUAGUCCAAAUCAUGGUUCCUUUCUAAUAGCUGGGGCAACAGGUUCAACCGUGGGCAGUACUAAAUUACGGGAAAAAGCUGCUGAGAUUAUACACACAGCAUGCAAGUAUGUACUUGAGAAAAAAUCAGAUGACAGCAUCCUCUUGGUCCUCAUCAUUCGUAUUAUGGACGCGUUAGGCAACUAUGGAAGUAUGGAGUAUGAUGAAUGGGCUAACCACAGGCAGGCAUGGAAAUUGGAAUCUGCUGCCAUUAUAGAGCCUUCAAUAAAUUUUAUUGUUUCAGCUCACUCCAAGGGGAAAAGAAGGCCACGGUGGGCACUCAUUGACAAGGCAUUCAUGCACAAUACUUGGAGAUCAUCCCAGUCAUCCUAUCAUAUAUUUCGAACUAAUGGGAAUUUUGGUCCACCAGAACAUGUGAAUCUUUUGGUGGAUGAUCUUCUAAAUCUCUCUUUACAUAGCUAUGAAACUGUUAGAAUACUUGCUGGUAAAUAUCUUUUAAAAAUGAUAAAGAGAUGGCCAUCUAUGAUUUCAAAGUGUGUUCUCUCACAUACCGAUAAUUUGCGAAACCCCAAAGCACCAGAAUAUGCAGUUCUCGGUUCUUGUGCAGUCCUUGCUACACAAACAGUUCUCAAGCAUUUGACAAUGGACCCAAAAUCGUUCUCGUCAUUCAUCCUUGGAAUCCUUUCAAGCUCUCAUCAUGAAUCACUGAAAACCCAGAAGGCUAUUAAUGAGCUCUUUGUCAAAUACAACAUUCACUUUGCUGGGGUAUCAAGAAUCUAUUUCAAGUCAUCAGAGAAUCAUGGUGAUGCACCAAGUUUUGCAGAUUUAGUUUCUCAGAUCAGUUCUAUGAGUUUUGAUUCUGUGGGCUUGCAUUGGAGGUACAAUCUGAUGGCUAAUAGGGUUUUAUUGCUGUUGGCUAUGGCAUCUAGGAAUGACCCAAAUUCCUCCAAAAUUCUGAGUGAAACUGCUGGUCACUUCUUAAAGAAUUUAAAAAGCCAGCUUCCUCAGACAAGGAUACUAGCCAUCUCAGCUCUAAAUACGCUGUUAAAAGAAUCACCUUAUAAAUUGUCAGACAAAAAACAGAGUUCUCCCUCAGAAAAAUUGCAAGGAGUUGGAAAAUCAUCUCUUGAAGGAGAAUUAACCCAAAUAUUUCAGGAAGAUGGAUUUUUCAGCGAGACUUUGAACAGUCUUUCUCACGUUCAUAUAAUUUCUGACACUGAAAGCAGUUCUAGAGGCGGGCAUGGGAAUUCUUCUUUUCAGAGCCUAGCAGACAAAUCAAUUACUCGCUUUUAUUUUGACUUUACCUCGUCAUGGCCGCGUACUCCAACUUGGAUCUCUUUAUUGGGCAGUGACACUUUUUAUUCAAAUUAUGCGAGAAUAUUCAAACGGCUAUUACAAGAAUGUGGGAUGCCUGUCCUAGUGUCACUGAAAAGUUCACUGGAGGAAUACUCAAAUGCCAAAGAGAGGUCCAAGCAGUGCGUUGCUGCCGAAGCAUUCGCUGGAAUAUUGCAUUCUGAUGUUAAUGGUAUCUCAGAAGCAUGGGAUGAUUGGAUGGCUGUCCAGUUGCAGAACAUAAUUCUAGCACAGUCAGUAGAAUCAAUACCCGAGUGGACAGCCUGCAUACGUUAUGCAGUUACUGGAAAAGGAAAAUUUGGAACUACAGUUCCUCUUUUGAGACAACCGGUCCUAGAUUGUCUGGCAGCACCUUUGCCUGGAACAGUCACUACCACUGUAGUUGCCAAGCGUUAUGCUUUUCUUUCAGCUGCCCUUGUGGAGCUAUCUCCCCAGAAAAUGCCAUUAGCUGAAAUUCAGCUCCACUAUAGAAUUCUGGAGGAGUUGCUCAGUAAUAUGUGCCAUUCAUCCGCCCAAGUAAGAGAAGCUAUAGGUGUUACCCUUGCUGUGGUGUGUUCUAACAUUCGGCUUUAUGAGUCAUUCGAUCAUGAUGGUUCACAUGAGAAUUCUAAUAAAGGUCUUGGCAACCAAUUUGAUGGAAGAAGUUGGGUUUUUUUUCUAAAAGAGCGAGCGUCAGAAGUGGUAAUGAAUAUUCAGAAUACCACUCAUUCUGACAAUCUGGAAACCCCAGAAAAUAAUACUUCAGAAAAUGGGCAUUUGAAUGGCGAUUCACAAGCUGAUGUCAAAUGGAUGGAAACGCUCUUCCAUUUCAUCAUCUCAUCUUUGAGGUCUGCACGAUCAUCAUAUCUGGUGGAUGUAAUUGUGGGAUUUCUUUAUCCUGUGAUAACAUUGCAGGAAACUUCGAGUAAAGAACUGUCAACCUUGGCCAAGGCAGCUUUUGAAUUGCUAAAAUGGAGGGUCUUUUGGGGACCGCACCUCCAGGAGGCCGUAUCUGUGAUUCUUUCUUCUGCCAAUGACUCUAACUGGCGCACUAGAUCUGCAACAUUGACAUAUCUGCGGACUUUUAUGUACAGGCACACUUUCAUUCUCUCUAUUGGGGAGAAACAGCAAAUUUGGAGCACUGUUGAAAAGUUACUUGUGGACAACCAAGUUGAGGUAAGGGAACAUGCUGCAGCUGUUUUAGCAGGCCUAACGAAGGGUGGUGAUGAAGAUCUAGCUAAAAACUUCCGGGAGAAAGCUUACAAAGAAGCUACUGAUCUUCAGAGGAAAAGAAAACGGAGGAAUUUGAGUUCUAGCCAACCUAUUGCUUCCAUUCAUGGUGCUGUACUUGCUUUAGUUGCUUCUGUUCUGUCAGCGCCUUAUGAUAUGCCCAGUUGGUUGCCAGAUCAUGUCACUUUACUUGCUCGUUUUGCUGGAGAACCGACACCGGUGAAAUCUACGGUUACAAAAGCUGUUGCUGAAUUUCGACGAACCCAUGCUGAUACAUGGAACAUACAGAAAGACUCGUUUACUGAAGAUCAACUUGAGGUUCUGGCUGAUACAUCUUCUUCAUCUUCAUAUUUUGCCUGAUUCACAUUGUAAUUCAUAGUAAAGAGAAUAGAAUCAUAGAUAUAGUUGUACCACAGUUAAUUGAGAACUAGCAAUAUACUAAUCAUUUUUAUAAAAAUUUCUUGUGUCAUAAUUGAUUGUGAUGGCUUUAUUUACACCA